UUAACGGUUAUUUUGUUUUAUAGGUGUGAAGUAUUGUGGCUCAUAUGGUUUCUUCCUUUGCUCACCGCUGUUCAAUCAGAUGGGCGACAAACCGAAAAAAGCAUCUUUUCUUACACCAACAAAUUACCAGAUGAUAUAAAGCAGAUUGUGAGAAAUGCUUUUAUCCGGGAAGGAGAUCCCGUAGCUUCAAAAAGUCCACCCAUAAAUUGCAGUUUAGGAGAUGAGAUUGCUUGUCCGCCUAGUAAAUAUAGAAUGGCAACUGGGGAAUGCAAUAAUGUAAGACACUCCCGAUGGGGCAAUAGGGGAACGCCGUUCUUGAGAUUGCUACCACCAACCUAUGCUGAUGGAAAAAUGAUACCCAAAGUGUCCGUUUCAACACAAGAGCUGCCCAAUGCUCUAGAUGUAUCCUCUAUUCUUCAGCAAGUUCCAAGCCGAAAACAUGAGUCCGUAACUGCUCUGCUGGGUGCCUGGAGUGAGCUUCUCUAUCACGAUUUGGUUAGCACAGCAAACUUCAAGAAUCAUCAGUGUUGCAAAGGAGAUGCGAUUACGCAUGGAGAAUGCUAUCGGCUACAGAAGGAUAAUCGGUGUUGGGAGUAUAUGAGGAGUUUACCUGCUGUUGAAUUGGACUCGUGUGAAUAUCAAUACAGAAAUCAAAUCAACUUGGCUUCGUCGUUCCUUGAAGGGUCUGCCAUAUAUGGAGUCACCCGCGAUAGUGUGGAAAAAUUAAGAACAUACGAUGCAGGAUUGGUUAAUAUAUCAGCGUGCAGCACUUGUCAGCUAAACGUACUGCAUUCGGCGAUUUUGAGGGAGCACAACAGAGUAGCUGUUGCGUUGGCCGCUUUAAAUCGCCACUGGACUGACGAGGUUCUGUUUUAUGAGAGCAAAAGAAUUGUCAGCGCUGAGAUACAGCAUAUCACCUAUAACGAAUUUUUGCCCAUUUUGCUAGGCCAGGUAAUAAUUUUUUAUUCGAUAUUAAACUAAGUUUAAUAGUUUCUUUAUAAAACACAAGUGAUCAUUAAUGAAUCCAGAAAUUUUGCCAAAAUUGUCCGCGACAAAUUUUUGCCGAUCUAGUGUCGAGUUUAAAUAUCAUCACCUUAAGUAACUAUUUAUGGUAUUUUAUAUGAUUAGGAGAAAAGGUGAUAUAUUUCAUAGCCCGCUCCUGUUAAACCUAAUCCCAAACGACAAUUUUCAAUACAUUUCAGAUAAUCAGAUAAAAAAAUAAAUACUGGGCGAUUUAUUUUAAUAUUCUUAGCUCCCCAUUUUUUAAUAAAAAUAUCACCGUAUAUGUGUAGACGGUUCCAAAAUUGAAGUGCCACUAUUAAUUUAUUUGCGC